AGUUUGAGAAAGAAUAAAUAAAUCACACACACCACUUAAUUUUAUGCACAUAUUAUUUUAAUCGAUGUGUGUAUAGCCUUGCAUGGCUCAAACGAACAGCGGCAAAUAUAAACAAACUGGACAGUCAACUGCUAGUGUGAUAAACUAGGAUUCACACUGCAGUCCAAAAAGGGCAGCGAUUGAGGGAGAGGGCAGGCAGCUAAGAAACAGACAGAGAGAGGCACACAUUGGAUAGAGCAUGCUCCAGAAAACGAAACGAAACGAGACUUGAGCAGGAAAUUAAUAAGGUCGCAUUUUUAGCCGUCAUAGCAGUUCAGAAAGCAAACCACAAGGCAAAAGCAUCUUUUUUUCCCCCCCUUUCACCAGCACCUUGUAACCUAGGCUUGACUGUAAGAGACAGCUUUAUUCAGCAGUCGGGUAUUUUUAUAUUUUUAUUAAGAUAUUUUCAACGUGGGAACUACUUCCUAUUCCGACCAAAACAAACAAUGACGGGAAACGAGAGCCAGCUAAACUGAGGAAUCAGAUUCAGAGCUCGCUGGAGCGAAUUUGCAAAUGCUCCCGAGUGACAAAAGCUAAAAAGUGACAAAAAGAAAUAGAAAACGUUACCAACGCGUAAAAUGAACUACAGAAACUUGACUUCUGCCGGGGCGAGUGGUGGCAAAAGUUCUGCCCCGUUAAAUGCUUUUGUAAACGGACAAGGUAGUGGCUCCGGUGCCAAGUCGCCGGGUGUUGUUGGACCGAACCCGUGUGACCAGGAAGACUACUGUUGUAUCUGCAUGGACAAAAUCCAGUGCAAAAAAACGCUGGACAAAUGUCUCCAUUCGUUCUGUCGGGAAUGCAUCGACAGCGCUUUCCAGGUCAAGAGCUGCUGUCCGGUGUGCAUGACGUUUUACGGGAAUCUCACCGGGAGUCAGCCUCGCAAUGGACACAUGACAGUGGCGAGGCAACCGUGCCCGUUACCGGGCUACGAGGGCUACGGGACCAUCAUAAUAAACUACAGUUUUUCCGAUGGCAUACAAGGGCCUGAGCAUCCCAGUCCUGGAGUCAGCUACAGGGGGACCCAUCGGGAGGCGUACCUGCCCGACAGCGCUGAGGGGAACAAGGUGCUGCGUCUGCUCCAGAGAGCGUUCCAGCAAAGGCUGGUCUUCACCGUGGGCACGUCUGCCACCACGGGCAGAUCCAACACGGUCAUCUGGAACGACAUCCACCACAAAACCAGCUGGCAUGGCGGCCCACAAUGCUUCGGGUAUCCAGACCCUGGCUACCUGCUCCGGGUGCAGGAGGAGCUAAGAGUGAAGGGGAUCACUGAGGAGGGCGUGAGUGAGCCUGCAGGGAGAGUGCAGUGAUUCUGGACUGAGAGAAUGGAGCCUGUGGGGAGAGCGAAGGGCCGUUUCCUGUAAUCAGCAACCAAUCUCCUAAUCCGACGACAAUCAGCACAAGCAUUGACAGCACAUUAUUCGCAAGCAAGAACGGGAGAAAAAUCCUGUGCAGAAUGCAUGUGCAUAUUCUCAUACAUAGUAAUACAAUAUAUGAUACAUAGCAGUUUCAUCCAGUCCAGGUUUUACUAUGAGCUUGGUUAGCCCCAGUGUGUAGGUAACAAGCUCUGGUGUGUCUUAUUAAACUCCUAGCAGAACCAGGAUCAAACUGCUGUGCAGUGGGAGUCUUAUUCCCAUCCCUGAAUAUAUGCAUUGAGAAAACUUUGCCAUUAAAAACUGUGAAAAUCUUCAAAGAUAUAGGCUGGUAAUAUAUAUAUAUAUAUAUAUAU